GAAGAAGAAGAAGUCGAUGACGUCGUGAUGGGAACGGUUGUUGGGGGGGCUGACUCAGUGAAGAAAAGAAAUGGCGAUGCUCGGUGGAUUUAGCACAGCACAGCACAAGAAAAACGUCUCCGACGGGAGCAGCGACGUGUCAGAGUUCGUCUGUCCAGUGUGUCUGGAAAUAUUUGACAGUCCUGUAACAACACAAUGCGGACAUACGUGAGUAUUAAGCUUUGUUAUUUCGAUCGCCCCCCUUCCCACGUCUACGACUAAUGGUUCAAUGUUACGAGGAAGAAUAAACAGACAGAAAUCCACGUUUUAAGGUUGUCGUGCCCCCAAAGUCGCUGAACAAACACUAUGCGUUUGCCUACUUUAAACUUGAUACUGAAAUUCUAUUUUUAUUCACUUGAAUGUUUGGCAAAGGCAAUUUCAGCUUGCUAAAUCAGUUUCAGUUUUGUUUACAUCAAAGUGGAGGCCUCACACGGGAGUUGUAGUUUUCAAGUGCACCACAAUGACUUUGCGUACUGGCUCAUAAGACUACAACUCCCUGCGCCCCCUUCAGGUAGGGACUUUCUACCGGAUUUAGGAGGUCUAGUACAGAAGCUGUGCGGGGAUUUUCCAAAAGAUAACACUUGUUCCUUUCAGUUUUGCUUUUUUAUUAGUCUGUAAAUAAACAACAGAAACACGAGUUUAAAGUUUUUUGUCAUUCCUGACGCGUAAAUUCGAUAAAUGUAGUUUCACCAUCUUCACUAGUUUCUCAACACAUCUUUUGUCAGGUUCUGCCAGAGUUGUUUGCAGGAGUGUUUGCGUCCACAGAAGCCUGUUUGUGCGGUAUGUCGGGCAGGACUGGGUCAGUGGACUAAAGCUGCAGAGCUAGAGGCUGUCAUUCAAUCAUCUGUGGCAUCUUGCAAGGGAUGUGGGGUUCAGGUCUGUAUUACUACUGGGUUCAACCCACCAUACUUAGUGAAGAUGCACAACUUUUAAGUGAUACUGAAGCUAUACUUAAAUGUCUUUUUUAAUGCACCUGAUGUUAGUUACUGAUGUGUGGUUUUUUUUACCUAUUAAGAUCGGCCUUUCUCAGAUGAGAGGUCACACAGCUGCCUGUACUAAAUAUCAGGAGUACAUUGAGGAGGGAGUGAGGACCACUGCUCAGAACCAGCCUGCCAUCAUCAGGUAAAGUUGAGAGUAAUCAAAAAAGCUAUUUUUUUCUUUUAUUCACAAAUACACUACUCAGUGCUUAGAAAGGACAAGGGUUUUUGAUGUAAUAUGUGGCAUCACUGACCAGUUAAGUGUUGCAAAAUCUAAAGGAACCUAAUGUAUUAAUUUUUGCCUUUUUUCAUGUCAGUCUGAGACACCAAGAGAGAAGCUCUGCAUGAUGUAUUUUCUACUGGUGUCCAUGAAAACUCUCAUUUCAGCUUAAUUUCAUUUUUGCUUCUCUUCCCGCGAUAAACAGUUAGACACACCUUGUUGGUGUAACUUUCCACAUAUUUGUGUGUUGUCAGGAACUGGUUUUAGAUGUGUUCUAAUCAGUCAUCUGUUUUUUUAACAUUAGAUCAGGAUUACAAUGAUGUGACACAUAUGUUCUUGAAAGUCGAGAAAUAAAACAUAUAAUGAAUAAUCAUAAACUAAUCUGCGUUCAAUCAGAGAUCAGUUAAAGGAAAUAAAAUACAUAUUUUGGCUUUAAAAUGGAGAUUAAGCCAACAUCAAUGUCUGUCAUGUUUUAAAUUCUGCAGUGGUUUGGUAAAGACAUCCAACAUUUUAACACUUCAUUCAUGCAUUAAAAUUUAGACCAGCACAACAGGUCUUUCUUAACAGGCAUAUCAAACUGCCAUAUUGCAAAACACAGUUUUUAAACCCCACAAAACUGCUAUUAUUAAAAUUAUUUCAACUAAAAUCUCACAUUGCAGUCUUCUUAUUUUUGCUGUCUGUUUCUGCUCAUCACACACAGCCCCGUGCCAAACCGCUACACCUUCACCUGCCCGUACUGCAACUGCCAGAACCUUGAUCAGGAUGGCUUGGUUGAACAUUGCACCUCCCAACAUGCUCGAGAUCCACGCCAAGUGGUAAAAAAAAUAAAUAAUCUGCACUUCGCUCUGACUCAGAAGAAUAUCUGUCGAAAACUACUGUAGGAUUUAGCUUUGGUUUAUUAGUUUAAAGGUAUUUAUUCCUGUUCAGGUAUGCCCAAUCUGUGCCUCAAUGCCUUGGGGGGACCCUAACUACAGGAGCGCUGACUUUUUCCAGCACCUGAAGAUCAGACACACCUUCUCCUAUGACACAUUUGUUGUAAGUUGAAGCCUGGUGUAAUUGGAGUGUUCUCUUUGUGAUGGUCAUGGCUAGCUUGUUUAAUCGAUCUGCUUUCUUACCUCUAAACACCCAUGUCUUUACAGGAUUACUCCACAGAUGAAAACACUAUGAUUCAGGAGGCUCUACAGCGCUCCCUAUUGGACAACUGAUGUGGGGAAAACAAUCUAACAGGAGAAAUCCAGUAAAGUUAAGAGGAGAUUUGGUGACGGGAAGACAGAACAACGCAGUGUGUCAUUCACCCACUGAGAGGAUGGUGAUACUCAAAUAUUAUGGGUGAUCAGUUUCACAGGGAGCCGGUCUUAUUAUUACCAUGAAUCGAAAAGCUUAUACUCAAAAAUUAAUCAUGCAAUAUGUUUACAAAACACAUUGUACUGUCUGAUUAAAGAGUAAUACACUGUUUCUGGUGUAAAAAUCUUGGAUAAUCUCCCCUCUAAGUUGAGUCUGUAGGCUUUUAGUUCGAGUACCUAUUAGACUUUGUUAGUAAAAGCAGCGUUUCCAUUGAUGACUUGGUGUCAUAAACCCAAAAAAGAUUCAAAGUUGUGGAAAAAUAACUUCCCCUGAUGUCGAUACUUGAUAUUAUGAAAGGGUUUGACCACUAGGUGGCUGACUGUCACCAGUAAACUACAAAAUUCACUUGUCAAGUGAUAUCAACAAUAAUAUAUAAUAAUCAAGUCCAGAGUGACUCUGCAUGUUUCACUCUCAAAACAGAGAGAGAGUUUUAGUUAAGAAAAUGGAAUCUCCCUUUUUUAUGCUCUUUUAUUUCUUGUUUGUGUGAGAGGGUGUGUGAUCAAUCUGUUUUAAAAGAUCUACUGGAAAGAAUAAAUCAUACGAGGGUCAAACAAAGCCGGAUAAGGCUGUUUGCUUUGUUUUAAUGUUUAUCCCUUAUGUCUUUGUGCCUGCUGGUAGAUCUUGUUUUUGACUUCCAAAUUUCAUAGGGCUAAUAGUCAAUAUACUGAACCAAAUGAUACAGGUAGGGUUUCAUCAUUGUGUCAUUAUCGGUCACUUUUCUGCGUUUUCUUUCAGAAGGGAAUAUGUGCAUGUUCUAUUAUGUCCUUAGGGGGGCAGUAGAGUUCCAUCACUCUCAGGCCGUCGACUCUCACCGGCUCUACUCAAGACAUACUUCAGCACAGAUCUCAUCUUAUAAAUGUGUUUUAAUCAGUGUGUUCUCCAGUUUAUUUUAUACAUGUAUUCUUCUCAAACGCAGCCUAAGAGAUGACACUGAGCUUUGGAAUCAGGUUUUCUGGGGGGGUUGUUUUUUACGAUAAGAAGGAAAUGAUUGCAACCUUACUGAUAGGGACUUGGCGUGGAUUUGAUUCCAAAUGUACUGUACUGUCUUGUGUUAUUCAUGCCCAGUGUGUGUUUGUUGCUUCAUCACAGGAUUACUUAAGUUUGCAGGCUUUCUGGCUUUUUAUAUUUAUUAAGAUCACUGCCAACAGUUCUGAAAAAUAAAGACUUUCAUGGUUGUUAUUUGUUUGUCUCCCCAUCUAAAGGCUUAUAAAUUAACAAGAGGUUUAGUUUGACUUAUGCUGGAUUUUUUUUUAAAUGUCUCUGAAGUUGAACUUUGACUUUUUUUUUAUACCAGCCUUCUUUGCAAUAAUUGGCAUUUCACAAAUACACCACUUAGUCUUCAUACAGUUUCAUAACAUCUGUCCUUUGCCAACAGGUACAUAAAACUUCACACACCCAGUUUAAGUAGCUUUAGAGCAGAAUCACAUGCCUUUGCAGGGGUAGUCUUUGGUGCCAUUUAGCCCAAGGUUUGUGUUUUCCUCUUCCUCUCUGUAAAAAUGUGUAAUAACUCUGUAUGUGUACAACAUGUACAAUGACCUUUUUUUCCUUUCUCAAUAUAUCUUUCAUUCUCUUUGUCAGCCCUGCUGUUAGGAGGUGCUAAAUCCUGAUAAAUUAAAGCUCUUUAAUUAUUUAAACCCUGGCCCCAGAAAUCAGGCGCAGUGAUUUAUACCUGUGUGUAUGAGAUGUGUUGGGGGGGAGAAACAACAAUUGCUGCUUUGAUGGAUGACCUCAGAGAGAGAGAGAGAGUGUGUGUGUAUGAAAGAGAAAGAGAAAGAAAGCAGUUAAAGGAAGGUAAUGUGCAUGUUGCAUCAAUUGUCUUGGGUUUGUUCAGUUGUCACAAUUAGGCAAGAGGUACAAAGGUGUGAGGGGGCAAAAAGAUCUAAUUGUGGAAUAUAUUAAAUGUGUUUUUGCGUGUACUGGAGUUACAUUUAUGAUGAAACUAAGGCCUUUGGUGUACAUUGUCCACAGGGAGAGAGACCCUCUAUUCUUUCCUUUGUGGGCCUUAUGUAUCUGUAAUUACUAAUCUAAAUGAUAUAACAUUUCUCACCUACCUCUGUGGAUAAUCUCACCCACCGAACUUCUUGAUGUAGUCCCCCUUUUCUUCUUUUCUUCUUUUAUUCCCCCCCUUAUCUUUUUUUAUUGCUCCUGGCAGACAGAGUGGAGAUGUUCAUUGUGAGAGACUAACGAGAUACUCGAGUGCUUCUGGGCAGGAAGGAAGUCGAGCCGAAAAACAUGGCAGGGAGAAGUCUUUCUUGUCUGUUUGGUGGCAGAGCUUAAAAAAAAAGGGAGGGGAGGGGGGCAAGGUGGGGAAUAGGAAAAGGAAGAAAGAGAGGGAAAAGGGAAGAGAAGUGAAAACACUGAAUAAAAAUUUCAUAAAGUUCA